CAUAAAGGCGACUCCGCUUGGACACCGGUCGAGAAUACUUACAAUCACUUUCUAACACUCGAUUUGGGUGAUACACGUAAAACGCGCAAAAUCGCCACAAUGGGCCGAAAGCACACACAAGAAUUCGUAACCGAGUAUAUUGUUCAGUAUUCGGACGAUGGCGAAUACUGGCGUUCGUAUGUGAAUCCAUCGAAUGAGGCGCAGAUGUUCAAGGGCAAUUCCGAUGGCAAUUCCAUACACUAUAAUGUUUUCGAGGUGCCUAUCAUUGCCCAAUGGGUGCGCAUCAAUCCAACACGCUGGCACGAUCGGAUUUCGAUGCGUGUUGAACUCUAUGGCUGCGAUUAUGUCGCUGAAAAUUUAUACUUCAAUGGCACCGGUUUGGUCACUUAUGAUCUGCAAUAUGAACCGGUUGCUUCCACACGCGAGUCAAUACGUUUCCGCUUCAAAACCGCAUUCGCCAAUGGCGUGCUCAUGUAUUCACGCGGCACACAGGGCGACUAUUUCGCCUUGCAAUUGAAGGAUAAUAAAAUGAUAUUGAAUUUGGAUUUGGGCAGCAGUUUGAUGACUUCGCUUUCGGUUGGCAGUUUGUUGGAUGAUAAUGUUUGGCAUGAUGUGGUGAUAUCACGCAAUCGACGCGAUAUCAUCUUCUCUGUGGAUCGUGUUAUUGUGCGUGGGCGCAUUAAGGGCGAGUUUACGCGGCUGAAUUUGAAUCGUGCGCUGUACUUAGGUGGCGUACCCAAUGUCCAGGAAGGUAUUAUGGUGACGCAGAAUUUCACUGGCUGCAUGGAGAACUUGUUCAUCAACUCUACAAAUUUCGUGCGUGCGAUGAAGGAUAGCUUCGAGUAUGGUGAUGCAUAUCGCUAUACCAAAUACCACACCGUUUAUGCCUGCCCAUCGCCACCUAUUUACCCAGUCACUUUCACCACGCGCGCCUCCUAUGUGCGCAUAAAAGGCUAUGAGGGACAAAACUCAAUGAAUGUCUCUUUCUACUUCCGCACGUACGAGGACAGGGGUGUAAUGCUGCAUCAUGAGUUUGCCUCAGGUGGCUACAUCCGCGUAUUUUUGGAAUAUGGAAAAGUAAAACUGGAUAUGAAACUUGCCGAUAAGCCACGCAUUAUACUGGACAAUUAUGAUGAACAGUUCAACGACGGAAAGUGGCAUUCGUUCGUGUUGACAAUUGCGCGCAAUCGCUUGGUGCUCGAUAUCGAUCAACGUCCCAUGACCACCACGAAGAAUAUACAAAUCUCCACCGGAAAAGUUUACUACAUCGCGGGCGGUGUAGAUAAAAAUGGCUUCGUGGGUUGCAUGCGUCUGAUAUUGGUUGAUGGAAAUUACAAAUUACCAAAGGAUUGGGUGCAAGGGGAAGAGGUGUGUUGUGGCGAUGAGGUGGUGGUGGAUGCCUGCCAAAUGAUUGAUCGUUGCAAUCCAAAUCCAUGCCAACAUAGUGGUGUUUGCCACCAGAAUUCAAUGGAAUUCUUCUGUGAUUGUGCCAGUACAGGCUAUGCGGGCGCAGUUUGUCAUACUUCGAAUAAUCCUUUGUCAUGCCAAGCUUACAAGAACGUUGGUCACGUGCACCAGCGCGUCAAUUUGAAAAUCGAUGUUGAUGGCAGUGGGCCAUUGGAACCGUUCCCUGUCACUUGCGAAUUCUAUUCCGAUGGACGCGUUAUAACAACACUCAGUCACAGCCAAGAGCAUACAACAACUGUGGAUGGCUUCCAGGAGCCUGGCUCAUUCGAACAAAAUAUCAUCUAUGAUGCAAAUAUGCUACAAAUUGAAGCUUUGCUCAAUCGUUCACACACAUGCUGGCAGCGAUUGAGCUACUCCUGCCGUUCGUCGCGCCUCUUCAAUUCACCUUCUGAAGCUGGUAAUUUCCGUCCAUUUUCGUGGUGGGUAUCGCGUCACAAUCAACCGAUGGACUACUGGGCUGGCGCAUUGCCUGGCUCUCGUAAAUGUGAAUGUGGCAUACUCGGCAAGUGUCACGACCCAACAAAGUGGUGCAAUUGCGAUUCUAAUAGUCUUGAGUGGACUGAGGAUGGUGGCGAUAUACGCGAGAAGGAGCACUUGCCAGUACGUGCAGUGAAGUUCGGUGAUACUGGCACGCCGCUUGAUGAGAAACAGGGACGUUACACCCUGGGUCCGCUGCGUUGUGAAGGUGACGACCUCUUCACCAACGUUGUGACAUUCCGCAUUGCAGAUGCCACCAUCAACUUGCCGCCGUUCGAUAUGGGCCAUUCGGGUGAUAUAUAUUUGGAAUUCAGGACGACGCAAGAGAAUGCUGUACUCUUCCACGCGACUGGACCGACGGAUUAUAUAAAAUUGAGUAUAAAUGGCGGCAAUAAGUUGCAGUUCCAAUAUCAAGCAGGCAGCGGGCCACUUGGCGUGAAUGUUGGCACAAGCUAUCACUUAAAUGACAAUGAGUGGCACACUGUGAGCGUGGAACGCAAUCGCAAGGAAGCGCGUCUCGUUGUUGAUGGUUCUAUUAAAGCGGAGGUACGUGAGCCGCCAGGUCCCGUACGCGCCUUGCAUCUCACCUCAGAUUUAGUUAUUGGCGCCACCACCGAGUAUCGUGACGGCUAUGUGGGCUGCAUACGUGCCUUAUUACUCAAUGGAAAAAUGGUAGAUCUGAAGCAAUAUGCGCUGCGUGGUCUGUAUGGCGUGAGCGCCGACUGUGUGGGCCGCUGCGAGUCCAGUCCAUGUCUGAACAAUGGUACAUGCAUAGAACGCUAUGAUGGCUACUCGUGCGAUUGCCGUUGGAGUGCAUUUAAGGGACCUAUUUGUGCAGAUGAAAUUGGCGUUAACUUGCGCACUAGCUCCAUCAUUCGCUACGAGUUCGAGGGCUCUUUCCGUUCGACAAUUGCAGAAAAUAUACGCGUUGGCUUCACAACUACCAUACCCAAAGGUUUCUUACUCGGUUUCUCCUCGAAUCUGACAGGCGAAUAUUUGACCAUUCAAAUAUCGAACUCAGGUCAUUUGCGUUGUGUAUUCGAUUUCGGUUUUGAGCGGCAGGAAAUUAUAUUCCCCAAAAAACAUUUCGGCUUGGGACAAUACCACGACGUGCGCUUCUCGCGUAAAAACAGCGGCUCGACAGUCGUCCUUACGGUGGACAAUUACGAGCCAGUCGAGUACAACUUCGACAUAAAAGCGAGUGCGGAUGCACAAUUCAAUAAUAUACAAUACAUGUACAUCGGUAAAAAUGAAUCGAUGACAGAUGGUUUCGUCGGUUGUGUGUCACGAGUGCAGUUCGAUGAUAUUUAUCCAUUGAAAUUGAUGUUCCAACAGAAUCCGCCAGCAAAUGUGAAAUCAUUAGGAACUCAAUUGACCGAAGACUUUUGCGGCGUGGAGCCGGUCACACAUCCGCCCAUCGAAGAUGAAACUCGCCCUCCACCGCUGAUCGACGAAGAUAAAUUGCGCAAGGCAUAUGGUGGUUUUUCCAUUAUACUUGGUUUUAUAUUGGCUAUACUACUUCUGCUAUUGUUGCUUAUGCUAUUCCUGAUUGGCCGCUACGUGCACCGUCAUAAAGGUGACUACCUAACGCAUGAAGACGAAGGCGCCGUCAAUGCUGACGAUCCCGAUGAAGCAGUGUUGCAUUCAAGAACUGGUCAUCAAGUUACAAAGCGAAAAGAAUGGUUCAUAUAGUUCGGUAUGCAGCAUGCAGGCAAUUGGAGCGCAUAGUCAUCAUCGCAAAAGCUAUAGCUCUCUAUACAGUCUGCUGCAACUUUACAUUUUAGCAACUACAACGCUCGCAUGCGUACGCACCCACACACAUACACACACGAAUAAGAAGUUGUUGAAUUCUUUUAAAAUCACAAAUCGAAGUAGAGUAUCGUAAAAUAUUAUAUAUAUAUUUUACAUACAUAUUUACAAAUACAUAUAUUGAUUGUAUUAAGCAUUACGCGGAUGAGGACGACGUGGACAUUGGAAAAAAAAAAACAAGAAAAAUUAAGGGGGAAACGCAAACGAAACUGAAAACGAACAAAGAAGCGCUGACAUUUUUUAAAAUUAAAAUCGCAUUAGAAGAAACUAUGAAAGGAAUUGUGAAGCGAAACUUUUAAAGGAUGAAAAAAAAACAAAAUCAAAAGCUGGCAAACAGUUUUAAUUGUCGAGAUUUUUUCAAGAGCGUUAUGGGACACACUGCCAAUUUCGAUAUAUGUAAGUAGGCACCAACCAGUUGGAAGCGGUAUAAUAUGUGAAAUAACCUUCGAAGUAAGAAGGUAUUCCUAAAAAGUCAAAAGUGUUCUUAUCUACACAAAUGCGAAAAAAAUGAUAAUCACUACUAAAGUAGAUCCACUAGCUUUUCCUUCCAACUGGCCAUUUAGUAAUGUUUUCGUUGCGUUUUUGUGCUGCGUACUUUCUUCAAGAGUGCUUUUUUGUUUAAUUCUAAUUUGAUUUUAGUUUGGCGCUUUGGUUUUUUAUGUUUUCAUUGCGUAUUUCUCUUAUUUUCAAAACCAUAUUUAGGUUAUUAUUUGAUAAAAAAAAAAAAACACUGUAAUAGGCAACUCUCAAGCGCAAAUUUAUACCGUCCAUUUUUUUGUACCUUUAAGUUUUUUAUACAUAUUUUUUUUUGUCUUAAGUCGCACUCAAAAGUAAGUGUAGGUAAUAGAAAAAGAAAAAUAAAAAUUUUAACUCCCUACAAUUCUGAUGUAAUGUCCAUGAUUUUUUUAGUCGUCUUAUAUUUGUAUAUAAAUGUUUUUGUGCUUUAAAUAAGAAAUUUAAUUUCACAACCUUUUUAGGAAAAACAAAACAUUGCGCUCUUCUUUUCUACGACCUUUAAAAUUCGGUGACACGUCUUUUACAGCGGCAAUUUUUAAAACUUAUCGAACAUGCAUUUGAUUUAAUUUGUUUUAGUACCGGUACAUUCCAUUAAAUCAUAAACUAGUUUUUCAUUGACAUGAGUUAUAAGUAUGCAUACAUACAUACUAAAAAAAAAAAAAUAAUGAUACUUUACAUGGGAAAAAAAAGGUUAUGAAUAUUUUUUCAAAUAUUUUUAAAACGUAUGAUAUUUUUUAAAUUUAAGCAAAUAUGUAUGUAUCUGUAUUUGAGUUCGACUUUGAAAAAUUAACACAUACAUAGGUGAUGUACACAUAUGUACAUAUAAAAAUUAAAUGAAAAAAAUUUGUAAAAAUUAUAAAAAUCAUUAACUGAACGGUCCAUAAAAAUGUGCAAAUUUGAUUGAAAAUUAUUUAGAAAAUCUAUUAAAUUAUCGAUUCAAUUGUGCACUUGACUAUUCGCCUAGAUUUGUGCAUCGAAAUUUCUAAGAAUUUGCGUAAAUUAUGUAUGCAACUUACACUCAUACAUACAUACAACACUAAUUGUGUGUCGAUAAUAAUUUUUUGUAACAGUUAGGAACUAUUUAAAAGAAAAAGUAAUUAUAGAUUUAAAUUACACACAAAAUUGUACUACGAAACAGCAACAAAUAAUAAUAAAACAUUACCUACAGUGUCACAUUUAGAGUAUGAAUAUUUUAGAAUAAGCAAUUAUUUUAAUAAAUUUUAAUUAAUACACACACAAAAAAAA